UCAAACCGAGCAGUUCAGCAUGAGCUGGAGAGAUACGUCAGUGACAAGGUGACAGCUCAGAGGAUAGAUCACCAUCUCAGUCACCAUCUCAGGAACGCGUCAGACGGGAUCAGCUACUACAGAGGGAUCGAGAGACUGGACCCUUCAUGAGUAUUACCCACCCACUAGUUUAGGGCAGGGGGAUCGAGAGACUGGACCCUUCAAGAGUCAUAGGCCCUACCCAUUCACUAGUUUAGAUGUUAAUGUUAUACAGCUUUGUGAUUAGAAUGGGAUAUUUAUCUAUCGACAGAGGUGUGUUAAAUGUUCUCAGAAUAUAAAGCACCCAAUCCCAAAUGUAACCACUACGCCUGUGUAUCUCCUGGCUUAGCACCUUCCAGUCCUUAUUGUAAUUAUUAUCCUACUUGACCAGCCUCUCCCUGCCCGACUCGUGGUCCAAGUUCACGGACGACAACAUCCUUCACUCCCAGAGCGAGCGUGCGGUGUCCCACAAGCUGCGUGACGAGAUCAAGAUCCUGCUGAAAGCCAUGUCCAACAAGAUGUGGAACCAGUUCAACACAGUCAACGUGGCCUUCACCAACCGCAUGUCAGAGACCACCGACGCCAAGAACAGCCUGCAGACACACCUGGCUAAGGUGACUAACGGUUCCCUGACAAAUGACCAUCAGGUUCAUCUCUCAUGUUUUAGUUCCUUUUCUAUUCAGUUCCAUUCAACUCAGUGAGAUGCAGUUUGGUUGUAUCUUGUUAUACAUCAUUGUACUUCAACAUCAGGUCCAGGGGGUAGUAAGGAAGGCAUGGUAAACUGCCUGCAUACCAUAGUUGAUUAUUGUUGAGUUUUGCCUACUGUCUUUGAUUUGUCUCAAACUAUUAUUGCAUUUUUGUGACAUUGUUUAUGACAAUAGAGAACAUUUUACAUUUUAGUAGACGCUCUUAUCCAGAGCGACUUACAGUUAGUGAAUACAUAUUUUUCUUAUACUGGCCCCCCGUGGGAAUCGAACCCACAACCCUGGCGUUGCAAACGCCAUGCUCUAUCAACUGAGCUAUAUCCCUGCCGGCCAUUCCCUCCCCUACCCUGGACGACGCUGGGCCAAUUGUGCGCCGCCCAUGAGUCUCCCGGUCGCAGCCGGCGGCAACAGAGCCUGGAUUCGAACCAGGAUCUCUAGUGGCACAGUUAGCACUGCGAUGCAGUGCCUUAGACCACUGCGCCACUCAGGAGUAUAGAACAAAGGUUUAUUAUUAUCAAAUUGCUUUUUCUGUUUAAUGAGGAGAAAAAGAAAACUCCUUUCAUACCCUUUUACUAACAAGAUCAGUGUUUAAUGGGCAGAGACAUGCAGACGAAGACCAUGUGAGUGUUGUUGAAUGAUCACCCUCUCCACUGGUCUAGGCCUUAUAUGCACUGUAAUUGUGUUAUGGAAGCCAGGCAUGCAAUGUAACUCACCAAACUCUGUUUACUGCUAAGCUAAUAGUCUUGUCAAAAGAGGGACACCAAAAAUAGACAUAUCUUGCAUUGCCUGUGUUCAUCACUUUCCACUGAUACAUACCCUGGGUAGUGGAGUAGUGGACACUGGAGCCCAUUGUCAUUAAAGGGUUAAUUGGAGGUUGCUGGGCUCUAUCCACCUCAGCAGUUCUCUGGUCUUAUCAAUUGACAGCAGCUAUGAUGUGAGGCACUCAGUCUUUAAUAUAGCCAGUCAGCCAGCUAGUCAGUCAGAUAGUGAUGGUUCUGAGGAGUGGUAGAGUGAUUCAGGGGAAUGAAAUUACAUGGUAAUGUGAUGGUGGGAUGAGAAGGAGGAGGGUACUGUAUACAGUACAGUAUUCAUCUGAAUUGAUCUAAAGUUUGAUUUAAAGUUACAGUUGGUGUUGAUUUUGCUUUUACAGACACCUGUUUCUGUAUUCAUUGUGACUAGAAAUGUCACAUCACCUGACUGUGUGCGGUAAAUCAACAAAUCAAUACGUUUAUUUGAGUUUCCUAGAACUCUUUACCUCAAACCCUUACCUGGCGGGCAAAACUGGUUGCAAUGACGUCCAGAGCAUAAAACCAGAUUAUAACCAGAUUACAACCAGAUUACAACCGGAUUACAACCAGAUGACAACCAGAUGACAACCAGAUGAUAACCAGAUUACAACCAGAUUACAAACAGAUUAAAACCAGAUUAUAACCAGAUUACAACAAGAUUACAACCAGAUUAUAGUUCCGGUUGUAAACUGGUUUUAACAAUGUACACUACCGGUCAAAAGUUUUAGAACACCUUCUCAUUCAAAGGUUUUUCUUUAUUUUUACUAUGUUCUACAUUGUAGAAUAAUAGUGAAGACAUCAAAACUAUGAAAUAACACAUAUGGAAUCAUGUAGUAACCAAAAAAGUGUUAAACCAAUCAAAAUAUAUUUUAUAUUUGAGAUUCUUCAAAGUAGCCACCCUUUGCCUUGAUGACAGCUUUGCACGCUCUUGGCAUUGUCUCAACCAGCUACACCUGGAAUGCUUUUCCAACAGUCUUGAAGGAGUUCCCACGCUUUUUGUUGGCCAGGUCAUCUGAUGCAGCACUCAAUCACUCUCCUUCUUGGUAAAAUAACAUUUACACAGCCUGGAGGUGUGUUGGGUCGUUGUCCUGUUGAAAAACAAACGGUAGUCCCACUAAGCCCAAACCAGAUGGGAUGGCGUAUCGCUGCAGAAUGCUGUGGUAGCCAUGCUGGUUAAGUGUGCCUUGAAUUCUAAAUAAAUCACAGACAUUGUCACCAGCGAAGCACCCCCACAGCAUAACACCUCCUCCUCCAUGCUUUACGGUGGGAAAUACACAUGCGGAGAUCAUCCAUUCACCCACACCACGUUUCACAAAGACACAGUGGUUGGAAUCAAAAAUCUCCAAUUUGGACUCCAGACCAAAGGACACAUUUCCAACAGUCUAUUGUCCAUUGCUUGUGUUUCUUGGCCCAAGCAAGUCCCUUCUUAUUAUUGGUGUCCUUUAGUAGUGGUUUCUUUGCAGCAAUUUGACCAUGAAGGCCUGAUUAACACAGUCUCCUCUGAACAGUUGAUUUUGUGAUGUGUCUGUUACUUGAACUCUGUGAAGCAUUAAUUUGGGCUGCAAUUUCUGAGGCUGGUAACUCUAAUGAACUUAUCCUCUGCAGCAGAGGUAACUCUGGGUCUUCCAUUCCUGUGGCGGUCCUCAUGAGAGCCAGUUUCAUCAUUGCGCUUGAUGGUUUUUGCGACUGCACUUGAAGAAACUUUCAAAGUUCUUUAAAUGUUCCGUAUUGGCUGACCUUCAUGUCUUAAAGUAAUGAUGGACUUUUGUUUCUCUUUGCUUAUUUGAGCUGUUCUUGCCAAAAUAUGCACUUGGUCUUUUACCAAAUAGGGCUAUCUUCUGUAUACCUUCCUACUUUGACACAACACAACUGAUUGGCACAAAUUAACUUUUAAGAAGGCACACCUUUUAAUUAAAAUGCAUUCCUGGUUGAGAGAAUGCCAAGAGUGUGCAAAGCUGUCAUCAAGGCAAAGGGUGGCUAUUUGAAGAAUCUCAAAUAUAAAAUAUAUUUUGUUUUGUUUAACACGUUUUUUGUUACUACAUGAUUCCAUAUGUGUUAUUUCAUAGUGUUGAUGUCUUCACUAUUAUUGUACAAUGUAAAAAAUAGUAAAAAUAAAGAAUAACCCUUGAAUGAGUCGGUGUUCUAAAACUUUUGAUCGGUAGUGUAAUUUCAACCGCUAUAACUGCUCUCCUCCUAAACCACUCAAAUUCCUCUGUUUCCUUACUCCCUGGAUCGUCUAACCAUCCCUUUCCCCUGCUUCUCUUUACAGACCCUCCAGGAGAUCUUCCAGACAGAGAUGCUGAUAGAUAGCCUGAAGAAGGCCCUGAGUGACAAGGAGUGCCCCCUGAAGGUGGCCCAGACCAGGCUGGAGCUCUGCAGGGAUAACCCACACCAAAGGUAGGGCUCGGACAUGUGUAGGUAUUUUAUAGCCUGUAUGUUUUACACUUACAUUCCUUCCCUUCUCCUCUGUUUACCUCUUCUUCAAUCUGACUCCUUGUCUCUGUCCCUGUCCUUGUCCCUAUCUCCAGACUGGUGGGAGAAGUGAGGGAGAUAGAGGACACCAUCCACAAGCUGCGUGAGAGGCUGAUGGAGGCAGAGAUCACCCUACAGACGUUGGUGAAGACCAAGGAUGCCCUGGACCAUGACUUGUCCAUCAAGGCUAAGUCCCUGUUCCUGGAUCAGGAGAAGUGCAUGGGCAUGAGGAAGAGCUUCCCCAGCACCCCACGCCUGGUGGGAUACACC